AUGGGUGGUGGCCUGGAUCUCGCAGCGAUUCUUCUUGACUUGCAACGAAUGCGACUCGAGCUCGAAAGCGUUGCUUCGGAGUCGAUCUUGGAGCUCGUGCAGGCUGCACGCUAUCCUACGCAAGGUUUCUUUAGAAAUGGGUUGCGCUGGUCGCUGGAAUCGUCACAGGAGAUGUUCGUUAUUCGAAAGGGCAGUAUUCGUGGACGAAAUCUGCAUGUCUUCAACACCAUACGAAUGAUGCGAAUAAGAAGCCAGUGGCAGGUCGAACUUUUAAGAGCCCUAAAAAUCAAGGCCGAGUUUCGUGAUCUCCAUAUUAAUUCGUCAUUAGUGGACGAGUUAACUGAUCGGAUGCAGCUGCGGAAGAGCGACCGUAAACUUGUCUACGAUGGCUUGCCAAUGGUAUAUGUGAAUGGGAAAUACUUCGGUAAUGAUUCCACACUGAUUCAAGAAAACGACAACAACAAUCUUGUUAACAUCUUACGAGAUUUCCAGGGUCGACUAGAAUGCGCUACUUGUCAAGGCAUCGGUUAUACUGUGUGUAGAUUCUGCAGAGGUGGGAAGAAGAUUCAGGAGACGUUCCGCGUGCGGUUACGUUGUACACGUUGUGAUCGGAAUGGCAUCGCACACUGUCCGAGCUGUUCUUCUUCUUAA